AUGGGCAAGCAACAAGACACAACACUCGACCAGCACGUGUCAGGCCAGGCCAACGGCAAUGGCCUCUCGAAGCCUGCCCACGCACUCACGUUCACUCAAGUCACAGAGGACAUCAAGGCCAAUGCUGAGAACGGUCUCUCAACAGCAGAAGCCAAAGAACGACACGACAAAUAUGGCACCAAUGAACUUGGUGAUGCCGGUGGUGUCGAACCCGGAAAGAUUCUCAUUCGUCAGGUUGCAAACGCGAUGACGCUGGUACUCAUUAUGGCUAUGGUCGUCAGUUUCGCAAUCAGCUCAUGGAUCGAAGGUGGCGUUGUUGCAGCAGUCAUUGGAUUGAACAUCGUCAUUGGAUUCAUGCAAGAGUUCAAGGCCGAGAAGACCAUGGACUCCCUCAAGUCUCUCAGUUCUCCUACUGCGAAUGCCGUUCGUGACGGAAAGACUGUCAACAUACCUACCGUAGAGAUCGUUCCUGGCGAUAUGGUUGAAAUCAAGACUGGCGAUACUGUACCCGCAGAUGUCAGACUCAUCGAAGCAGUCAAUUUCGAAACCGACGAAGCCCUACUUACUGGAGAGUCUCUACCGGUCAGAAAAGACGCCGACGCCGUAUUUGAUGAAGACACCGGACCCGGUGACCGUCUCAACGUUGCCUACUCUUCUUCGGUCGUCACCAAGGGACGUGCUCGUGGUAUCGUUUACGCCACUGGCAUGUUCACCGAGAUUGGAUCGAUCGCCGCAGCACUCCGCAAGAAAGACUCUAGGGUCAGGCCUGUCAAGCGCAAGCCUGAUGGAUCUGCCAGACCUCACAGAUACGCUCAAGCAUGGACAUUGACAUUUUCAGAUGCUAUUGGCCGCUUCCUCGGUAUCAACGUUGGCACUCCUCUCCAAAAGCAGCUCUCCAGACUCGCAGUGCUGCUCUUUUUCAUUGCCGUCAUCUGCGCCGUCAUCGUCGAAGCCGCCAACAACUUCAGCAGUCAAAAGGAAGUCAUCAUCUACGCCGUCGCUACUGGUCUCAGUAUGAUCCCUGCAUCUCUUGUCGUUAUUCUUACCAUCUGUAUGGCUGCUGGUACCCGAAGAAUGGUCGAACGCCAUGUCAUCGUCAGAAACCUUCGCUCGCUCGAGGCUCUUGGUGGUGUCACCGACAUCUGCUCCGACAAGACUGGUACAUUGACUCAAGGCAAGAUGAUGGCCAAGAGAGCUUGGAUCCCCGCCAAAGGCACAUACUCGAUCGGAGAGACGGAUGAGACCUCCAACCCUACCGUCGGCGAACUACAGUUCAGCCGUGAAGAACCAAGAAAUAUCAAGGCCGACCAAGAGAAGCAUGACGUUGUCGCUUACGACGAAGAACUCCAGGACAACGAACAUCUGGCUCACUUCCUUAGAGUGGCUGCUUUGGACAACCUGGCCAUCGUUCAGAAAGACGAAGACGACAGAUGGACAGCACGAGGCGACCCAACUGAGAUCGCUAUCCAGGUGUUCGCCGCUCGCUUUGGCUGGAACAGAUCCACUUUCAUCUCCGGCCCUAGUCCAUUGUGGAAGGAAAUUGCUGAGUUUCCCUUCGACUCUGACGUCAAGAAGAUGUCUGUGAUUUUUGAGGAAGCUGCAACCGGCAAAAAGCAAGUGUUCACGAAGGGUGCUGUCGAGCGUGUCAUUGGCUCUUGCAUCAAUCUCCACCAAGACGAAUCUGGUAAGCCAGUCGAGAUGACCGAGACCAUCCAAGAAGAAAUUUUGCAAAACAUGGAAGCUAUUGCCUCUCUUGGCUUGAGAUGUUUGGCAUUGGCUAGCAAAGACUUUGAGGGCGAGAUCAACAAGGACGAGGAGAUUGACCGCAACUCUAUCGAGAACGGUUUGACUUUCCGUGGUCUUGUUGGUCUCUACGAUCCCCCUCGCCCCGAGUCUGCCUCUUCAGUCCGCCAAGCUCACGAGGCCGGUAUCAUCGUUCACAUGUUGACUGGUGAUCACAAGGGUACUGCUCAAGCCAUUGCUGCUGACGUCGGCAUUCUACCUUCUCACAUGAAAGACCUGUCCAAAGAAGUGUUGGAUGCUAUCGUCAUGGAAGCCAGUGGUUUCGACAAGCUCAGUGAUGAUGAGAUCGACGCUCUCCCUGUUCUUCCGCUAGUCAUUGCUCGCUGUGCGCCCAACACCAAGGUUCGCAUGAUCGAAGCUCUGCACAGACGCAAAGCUUUCGCUGCUAUGACUGGUGAUGGUGUCAACGACUCGCCUUCUUUGAAACGCGCGGACGUUGGUAUUGCCAUGGGCCAAUCUGGCUCUGAUGUUGCCAAAGACGCCUCUGAUAUUGUGUUGACCGACGACAACUUUGCCAGUAUCCUCAACGCCGUCGAGGAAGGUCGCCGCAUGUUCGACAACAUCCAAAAGUUCAUUCUCCAUCUCCUCGCUCAAAACAUUGCUCAGGCAUGUAUCCUGCUCAUCGGUCUUGUUUUCAAGGAUCUUGACGAUCUCUCUGUCUUCCCCAUCUCGCCUGUCGAGAUUAUGUGGAUCAUCAUGGUAACCAGUUCGUUCCCCGACAUGGGUCUGAGUUUCGAAGAAGCCGUGCCUGAUGUUAUGCGUCGUCCUCCUCAAAGCCUCAAGCGUGGUGUCUUCACCUUCGAAGUCCUCCUCGAUAUGCUUGUCUACGGUCUUUGGGUUGCAGCACUCUGCCUGUGCUCUUUCUGCCUUGUCCUCUACGGCUUUGAAGACGGGAACAUUGGCCGCAUCCCUGCUACCGGUUGCAAUGCUUCUUGGUCACCCGAGUGCGACGUCGUCUUCCGUGCCCGUUCGACCUGCUUUGCUACACUCACCUGGUUCUCGCUUUUCCUCGCCUGGGAGGUGAUUGAUCCCCGUCGAAGCUUCUUCCGCAUGAAGCCCGACUCUGAUCGCUACUUCACCCAAUGGAUGUUCGACGUCUGGCGCAACAAGUUCCUCUUCACCGCCGUUAUUGUUGGCUUUGUCCUCAUCUUCCCCAUCCUUUACAUCCCUGUCAUCAACCACGACGUCUUCCGUCACACCGGUAUCUCAUGGGAGUGGGGUAUCGUCUUCAUUGCCACCCUCAUCUUCUUCAUCGGUAUCGAGUCUUGGAAGUGGGCUAAGCGUAUUUACUUCCGCCACCAAGCAGCAAAGGCUGGACCCGAGGCUCAAGAUAUCGAGACUGCCAUCUUUGGCAAGUACAUGCGCGAUCUCACCCCCGUGGGCAGCUGGUCCAACUCCACCAUGAAGGAGGAAGUCUGA